AUGGAGAUGGAGGGCUGGUUAACCUUGUAUUUCUUUGGCGACAAGAGAAAUCCCAAGAAGAAACAACUAUCUCCCGGGCCGUGGUCACUCCCCAUCAUUGGAAGCCUCCACCACCUCGUCGGUGACCUCCCACACCGCAGGAUGAUGAAGAUGUCUGGCCAGCAUGGGCCGCUGAUGCACCUCCAACCAGGUGAGGUCCCAACGGUUAUCGUCUCCAGCGCCGAGGCAGCAGCACUGGUGAUGAAGACCAAUGACCUCGAUUUCGCAAGCCGGCCCCGCAAUCCUUUGCAGGAUAUCAUCAGCUGUGGCGGUAUGGGCAUCAUCUUCAGCCCCUACGGGGAUCGCUGGCGCCAGAUGCGCAAGAUCUGCAUCGUGGAGCUCCUCAGUUCCAAGCAGGUGAGGCGUAUGGAGGGCAUCAAGGCCAACGAGAUAGGUAACCUCCUCCAUUCCAUGGCCACCGUCGGUGCUACCGUGAAUGUCAGCGUGAAGAUGGCAAGACUCAGCAGCGAUGUCGUGACGCGGGUAGUUUUUGGCGGCAAUUUCACACGGCGGGAUGAGUACCUCCAUGAGCUUAUGGGCAGCUUCUGCCUCGUGGACCUUUUCCCGUCAUCGCGGCUAGUACGGUUGCUUAGCAAUGGUUAG